UGGGAUAAUAAUGGUGGCCGGUCCUUAGGUAACACAUGGUUAUAGGUAUAUUAGAUUGAAUAUUUUGCUUCCUCGCUCUGCAAUCCCUCAUAGCUGCUCAACACACUCUCCAAGAUGAGCUACUACAGCGACCAGUUGAGCGAAGACCGCGGCCAGUCGAGCGAAAACAGCGAAUCAGAGUCCUUCCGACAAAGCCUUCUCGACAGCAUCUACGAAGUUCAGGCGACAGGAUCUUUUGCAACUGCGGACUCGAUUCAAGAGUUCCCGAAUCCCGGCAUCUCGGUGGAUGGGAGUGAGCCAAUAAGCCUGCCGCUGACUGAAGAAGGGGCUCGAGCCCUUGCCAACCAGAGUCGUAAGGCGCCCUUCGGAAAGGAUGGACAAACUUUGGUAGAUGAGACGGUGAGGAAGACCUGGGAGAUUGGCGCGGACAAAAUUUCUUUCCGGAACCCAGCAUGGUCUGGCUUCGUCAACAAGCUUGUCGAGCGUGUCGCUCACGAGCUCGGGGUCCCGCGUGCUGCCGACGGCCGGUUCAAAAUUCGUGCCGAGCUCUACAAGAACCUUCUAUACGAACCAGGAUCCAUGUUCAGAGCCCACAAAGAUACCGAGAAGGUUGCGGGCAUGUUCGGGACGCUUGUCAUCUGCCUCCCUUCGCUACACACAGGCGGCGCCGUGUGCUUGCAACACGGGAACGAGUCCCUCCGGCUGUCCACCGAGGAGUCUUCGGCAUUCGAUUGCUUCUAUCUUGCUUGGUACGCCGACGUCACUCACAAGAUUGAGACAGUUCAGACAGGACACCGAUGGGUCCUGACGUACAACCUCAUCCAUGACGAACCCGGGAGCUCUUGCCCGUCGGCCUCGGCCUUGGAAUCCCAGACCGAAAGGCUCGUGCAAGUCCUGUCCCAGUGGCACGAUCAAGAGCCUAUGCCGGGCUUUCUUGCCUAUCCUCUCGACCAUCAAUACACAGCGAAAUAUUUAGGUCUAACUCACUUGAAAGGUCACGAUUACCAACGCGCCCGCCACGUCGCCGCUAGCUGUGCUAGGCAUGGCAGAUUCUACCUCUUUCUUGCACACGUCGAAGUGACCAAGUAUUGGGGGAACGACGAGGACGGAGACCUCGAUUGCCGAUACGAAAGGUCUCUAUGCAACGUCAGCAACCUGGAGGGCGUUGUUAUACGGGGAUGGAACCCUGCGCUAAUAAUCAGGUCAUAAGGGUUAGGAGGAUAAGAUCGGGCAGGUUAUAAGGGUUAGGAGGAUAAUAUCGGGCAUUAAGGCUGUUACCUCGGCGACCUACUAAGGAAAGUCCUAGAUAAGCUUCGGAUAGCUUCGG